ACUGCGGCUACUCACACUGUUUAAAAACGUGUUUGUUGAUUUAGUUAUUGACAAAACUAGGAACUAAACAACGAAAAUUUGUUCAAUACUUUAUUGAAAUAUAUUAGCCAGAAUGAAGAUUGAAGAAGUGAAAAGUACGGCGAAAAUUCAACGAAUUAGUGCACACAGUCAUGUAAAAGGUCUUGGUUUAGAAGAAAGUGGUUUUGCUAUUCAAUCCGCUGCCGGUCUUGUGGGACAAGAAGCCGCCAGAGAAGCUGCAGGUAUUGUCGUUGAUAUGAUUAAAAGUAAGAAAAUGGCUGGACGUGCUGUGCUGCUCGCAGGACCACCCGGUACAGGGAAAACUGCUAUUGCUUUGGCUAUAUCACAUGAAUUGGGCUCCAAAGUACCAUUUUGCCCGAUGGUUGGCUCCGAAGUGUACAGUGCCGAGAUUAAGAAAACUGAAGUAUUAAUGGAAAACUUUCGACGUGCUAUAGGUUUACGGAUAAAAGAAAUUAAAGAGGUUUAUGAAGGCGAAGUUACAGAAUUGACACCAGUAGAAACAGAAAAUCCUAUUGGAGGCUACGCCAAAACCGUAAGUCACGUUAUAAUUGGCUUAAAAACCGCAAAAGGAACAAAACAGUUAAAACUAGAUCCAACUAUUUAUGAAUCAUUACAAAAAGAAAAAGUUGAACCUGGUGAUGUUAUCUACAUUGAAGCAAACAGUGGAGCUGUAAAACGUCAAGGACGUUCUGAUACAUACGCUACCGAAUUUGAUUUGGAAGCCGAAGAGUAUGUACCUUUACCCAAAGGUGAUGUACAUAAGAAAAAAGAAGUUGUACAAGAUGUAACUUUACAUGAUCUGGACGUAGCAAAUGCAAAACCACAAGGUGGUCAAGAUAUUCUCUCAAUGAUGGGUUCUUUAAUGAAACCUAAGAAAACUGAAAUCACUGAUAAAUUACGUGUAGAAAUUAACAAAAUCGUAAAUAAGUAUAUUGAUCAAGGUGUUGCUGAGUUAGUACCGGGUGUACUAUUUAUUGAUGAAGUUCAUAUGCUAGAUAUUGAAACAUUUACGUAUUUGCAUCGUGCAUUGGAAAGUGCGAUUGCUCCAAUUGUUAUAUUUGCAAGUAACCGUGGACAAACUACAAUUCGAGGAACGGGUGAUAUUAUUUCACCUCAUGGAAUUCCAUUGGAUUUAAUUGAUCGUUUGUUGAUUAUUCGUACUUUACCAUAUUCCAAAUCAGAAAUUGAACAAAUCGUAAAAUUGCGUGCACAAACUGAAAGCUUGAUUUUAGAACCAGAUGCUUUGACUACACUUAGUGAACUUGGAUCAAAAACUACUUUAAGAUACGUGGUGCAAUUGAUGACUCCAGCUGCAAUUACAGCUAAAAUAAAUGGACGUACAAGUAUUGUGAAAGAAGAUGUGGAUGAGGUUGCAUCAUUGUUUUUGGAUGCUAAAUCUUCAGCGGAAAUAUUAUCACAAUUUAAGGAUAAAUACAUGUCGUAAAAAUUAGUCAUUAAAAUUAUACUCUUUCCAUUUAAGUUUAAUGUUAUUUUUUUUAAAUGUAAAUAAAUCUUUUCCUUUCUAAA